AUGCUAAAUGAGUACGGUCCUUAUUUUGAAGAAUUUUUGCAAAGUGAUUUUCUUAAAGACGAUAACAUCAUGGGGAAAGGAGUUACUCGAAAAGUCCGAGGCAGUAAGAAAUAUAGAUAUGACAUUAACCGGCGAAGAAACAAUAAAAAGAAAAAGAAUCUUCCAAAUAUUGAUUGUCCUCAAAUCAAGAAAGCCUGGGACAUGAAAAAGUCAUUAAGAUCCAAUCUUGAAGACAUGGGACUUUGUUUUGAUCCAAACAAAACUUUGCCCAUUCCAAAAACAAAGGAUAUUUUAAAAUGUGGAACAUUAGAAAACUAUGAAAAGAUGGAAGUUGAUAUAGAAAAAAAAAGUAAGAAAAAGGGCAAAAAACAUCACGUUGUCAAAGAACUAGAGGAAGAAGCUAACCAACCAAGUGUCCGGCCACGUUCCAUGCCAGAACAAGAAGUCAAAUAUUGUAUAUACAUGAUGAAAAAAUAUGGUGAAAACUAUGAAGCUAUGGCUAAAGACUACAAGAAUUAUUACCAAGACACACCCAGUCAAAUCAAAAAGAAAAUCAACAAAUUAAAAAACAUGCCAGAGCAAUACAAAGCAUAUUUACAAUAA